AGCGCUGUCCGCUCCUCGGCAUGGUAAGCAGCAGGCAACUGCAGCGAGUGGCGAACGUAGCGCGCAUAGCGAGCGUAGCGAACGGAGGCUUCAUGGGAGGCAUGAAGAGCGCCAUGGAACAUGAGCCCAUUGCUGUCUACAGUAUUGUCUUGGGCGUUGUCGGCUUGGGGAUUGCCUAUGUUGCUCCUCAAAUUUGGCCUCUUGAGCGCCAGAUUAGGGAACAACAAUAUGUGAUGAGAGGCAACGCCUCAAAUCGUGUCACAGACUACUGAUUCCAAACAGAAAUUGUGCUGUUGAGUUUGGGUUGGUACCAGUAAAUUCCAAUAG